AUGAACAAUUUUUUUCUUUUCGUCGUGCUUAUCGGCUUGUUUCAUUGUGAAGCAGGCUGUUAUGAUAGCUGUCCAUGCCCAGAUAUGUUGGAUACAUUGAUUGAAUCACCCGAGACAACUUUGUACUCUGAAGGAGCGGGCUGUAUUCGGAAUGUGACUUGUCAGGUUGAUAGUUAUCCAGUUAUCCAUUUUAUGUGGACAGAAUCCGAGAUUCCCAAGCCAGAUGAAGCUGAUGAUGAUUAUUUUCUCGCCACUGUCCCAGCACCAGGAAUCAUUGAAUACAUCGAUAUGUUUUCAUAUUUUGGAGUAGUCUGUGAGAAUGAUGGCUGGUACGCCACUAAAUAUCCAAAUGGAGUUUAUUAUGAAUAUGGUUUGGGCUUCCGAACUAUUGGGCCAGACGAGGUGGAAGGGAAAAGAAGCAAAAUUGUAUUGAUUUCCUGGUAA